AUGCCAAUCUUCACGGCUGCUCGGCCAGAGGUCUGCUGUCCCUGGGAUCAAACUGGACGAUGGGUGGGCGGAGGGAAAGUGUCGUUCCAGCAGCCGAUCAGGAAGGAGCAGCUGCCAACGUCUGCGAGCUCUUCAUUUCUCCUCUUUCUUCGUCGGAAGCUCGUCACACACGGCGGUUCACGGCGCCCCGCGUCGGUCGCAACACCAAGCAGCACUUUUUCGACCUGA